GGGCGGGUUUUGGAGAGGGACGGUGCGUCCGGGUGCGUCCUCUCCGUCUGCGCUGCGCCUCCGGGUGGACGUAAUGCGGACUGGGGGGUUCCGAUCUCCGUGUGACAUGUGUGAGUUUAACCCGCACACAUUUCCUUCCCUCCCAGAACAACUCCCCGCGAGAGGAAGGUAAAAGGAGGAAGGUGAAGGAGGCGCGCGGCCCGGGGAGCUGUUUGUGCCAUGGAUAAAUUCGAGAAAGAUGGCAAGACCAACCCGGCAGCUACAGCCAGUUUUCUGUCCAAGAUAUUUUUCUGUUGGCUCAACCCUCUGUUCAGCGUCGGAUACAAGCGGAGCCUGGAGGAAGAUGACAUGUACGACGUUCUCCCCGAGGACAGGUCCCAAAGUCUGGGUCAAGAGCUGCAGAGUCAUUGGGAGCAGAACAUCCAGAAAUCCUCCAAAAACAUGCAGCACCCCAGUCUGUCCAGAGCCAUCAUCUGCUGCUACUGGAAGUCCUACGCAGUGCUGGGCUUCUUCACUCUGGUGGAGGAGAUUGUUAAAGUGGUGCAGCCGGUUUUCCUGGGCAAAAUUAUCCAGUACUUCGAGAGCUACGACCCGGGGAACGCCGCCGCCUUCCACGCCGCUCUGGGAUACGCCGCAGGUCUGUCCGUCUGCUCCAUCGGCCUGGCUCUCAUCCAUCACCUUUACUUCUACCACGUGCAGAGGUCGGGCAUGAAGAUCAGAGUGGCAGUGUGUCACAUGAUCUACAAAAAGGCCUUGUGUCUGAGCAGCGCCGCCAUGGGAAAGACUACCACAGGUCAGAUCGUCAACCUCCUGUCCAAUGACGUCAACCGCUUUGACGAAGUGACCAUUUUCCUGCACUUCAUAUGGGUGGCGCCGUUGCAAGCGGCCGCCGUGGUGGGGCUGCUGUGGGUGGAGAUCGGCCCCUCGUGUCUCGUCGGGAUGGUCGUUCUUAUGUUCCUCAUGCCCACGCAAACCAUGUUCGGACGGCUCUUCUCCAAGUUUAGGAGUAAGACGGCCACGUUGACCGACAGCAGAAUCAGAACGAUGAACGAGGUGGUGUCAGGGAUGAGAAUCAUAAAGAUGUACGCCUGGGAGAAGCCUUUCGCUGCCUUGGUCUCUGAUUUAAGAAGAAAAGAGAUCUCCAAGAUUCUCAAAAGCUCGUACCUGCGCGGACUCAACAUGGCGUCGUUCUUCUGCGCCAGCAAAAUCAUCGUGUUCUUGACCUUCGCCGUGUACGUGCUGCUGGGGAACACGCUGUCGGCCUCUCGCGUGUUUGUUACCGUGUCGCUGUACACGUCCGUGCGCCUCACCGUCACGCUGUUCUUCCCCAACGCCAUCGAGAAGCUGUUUGAGAGCCGAGUCAGCGUCCGCAGGAUACAGGAGUUCUUGCUGUUGGACGAGAUCCGCCAACCGAACGCCAUUUCGCACGGAGACGACGAGAAACAGAGCGCGUCUGUGGAGAUUCAGGACCUCGUCUGCUACUGGGACAAGACUCUGGAUGCUCCCACGCUGCAAAAUGUGUCUUUGAGUUUGAAUUCUGCUCAGCUCUUGGCCGUGAUUGGACCAGUGGGAGCUGGAAAAUCGUCCCUGCUCAGCUCUAUUUUGGGGGAACUGCCCAGCGAGAAGGGGGUGAUGAAGGUCAAAGGUCAGCUGACGUACGCCUCGCAGCAGCCCUGGGUCUUUCCUGGAACCAUCCGCAGCAACAUCCUGUUCGGGAAAGACCUGAACCCUCAGAAGUACGAGAGGGUCCUGAAGGCGUGCGCUCUGAAGAGGGACCUGGAGUUGUUGCCUGAUGGAGACUUGACCGUCAUCGGAGACAAAGGAGCGACUCUGAGCGGAGGUCAGAAGGCACGAGUUAAUCUGGCCAGAGCCGUGUACCAGGACGCAGACAUCUACCUCUUGGACGACCCUCUGAGUGCGGUGGACGCUGAGGUCGGGAGGCACCUGUUUGAGCAGUGCAUCUGUGGCCUCCUGAAGAAGAAGCUUCGGAUCCUGGUCACUCACCAGCUCCACUAUCUGAAGGCGGCUGAUCAGCUCGUCGUCCUUAAAGAGGGUCACAUGGUCGCUAAAGGGACGUACACAGACCUCCAGCACUCGGGGCUGGACUUCACGUCUCUGCUGCAGAUGGAGGAGGAGGAGGAGUCUCACACACCUGCCCCAGAUACGCAGAUCAGAACCAGAACCCUGUCCCAGAAUUCAGUGCUGUCUCAGGCCUCGUCCGUGCACUCGGCCAAAGAUGGAGACCAGCUCCCGGCGGAGGCGGUGCAGACUGUGGUGGAGGAGACGCGAGCUCAGGGCACCAUCAGCGUCGGCCUCUACGUGAAGUACCUCAGAGCUGGAGCCAACUACCUGGUCGUGUUCCUCAUGCUGUUCAUCAACCUGCUCGCUCAGGUGGCCUACAUCAUGAACGACUGGUGGCUCGCGUACUGGGCUGAAAAACAAGACCAAGUGACCAAUCAGAACGUGAGUGUGACCAACGUGACUGAAGAGCUGGACCGAGACUUCUACCUGGGGAUUUACGGAGGUCUCACGGCUGCCACCAUCUUUCUGGGCUUCUUCAGAAACAUCAUCAUGUUUUAUAUGUUUGUGAGAAGCGCUCAGACUCUGCACAAUCGUAUGUUUAACUCCAUCCUCAGGACUCCAGUGCGCUUCUUUGAUAUCAACCCCAUCGGGAGGGUUUUGAACAGGUUUUCUAAAGACAUUGGUUUGCUAGAUGCUAAUUUACCCUGGACCUUUAUAGACUUUCUACAGUUGUUUCUCAUGAUUCUCGGGGUCGUUGCCGUGGCGGCGUCGGUCAUACCCCUGAUCCUCGUCCCGGUGGCCGUUCUGUUCCUGGUCUUCGUCUACGUCCGGCGCUACUUCCUGCGAACAUCCAGAAACAUCAAGCGCCUCGAAGCUACAACUCGUAGCCCCGUCUUCUCACACCUCUCCUCUUCUCUUCACGGGCUCUGGACAAUCCGAGCUUUUGGUGCCACGGAGAAGUUCCAGACCAUUUUCGACGCUCAUCAGGACUUACACUCAGCGUCCUGGUUCCUGUUCCUCACCACGUCUCGUUGGUUUGCUGUUCGACUCGACGGGCUCUGUGCCAUUUUUGUGACGGCCACCACUUUUGGAUGUUUGAUCUUGAGAGACAGGCUGGAUGCCGGUUCAGUGGGAUUGGCCCUGAGCUACGCUGUCACUCUGAUGGGCAUGUUCCAGUGGGGCGUGAGGCAGAGCGCGGAGGUGGAGAACAUGAUGACCUCGGUGGAGAGGGUGGUGGAGUAUACUGAGCUGGAGAGUGAAGCACCAUGGGAAACUAACAAGAAGCCUCCUCCCGAUUGGCCGAGCAAAGGCCUGGUGACCUUUGAUGGCGUCAGUUUCUCCUACAGCGCUGAAGGUCCCGUGGUUCUACACAAACUCAAAGCCGUGUUUCGACCUCGGGAGAAGGUCGGGAUCGUGGGGAGGACCGGGGCUGGAAAGAGCUCUCUGGUGUCUGCUCUGUUUCGACUUUCGGAGCCAAAGGGAAAGAUUUACAUCGACGGAGUCCUGACCUCAGAGCUCGGCCUGCACCACCUGCGUCAGAAGAUGUCCAUCAUUCCUCAGGACCCGGUUCUGUUCACUGGGACCAUGAGGAAGAACCUGGACCCCUUUAACCAGCACUCAGACGAACAGCUGUGGACGGCACUCGAGGAGGUGCAGUUGAAGGCCGUGGUGGAGGAGCUUCCUGGUCGUCUGGAGACCGUCCUGGCCGAGUCUGGCUCUAACUUCAGUGUGGGGCAGAGGCAGCUCGUGUGUUUGGCUCGAGCUGUUCUCAGGAAGAACCGCAUCCUGGUCAUCGACGAGGCCACGGCCAACGUGGACCCGAGGACGGAUGAGCUGAUCCAGCAGACCAUUAGAGAAAAGUUUAAAGAAUGCACCGUCCUCACCAUCGCACAUCGGCUCAACACCAUCAUCGACAGCGACCGCAUCCUGGUGUUGGACGCCGGACGAAUCAGCGCGUACGAUGAGCCCUACGCUCUGCUACAGGACCACGACAGCAUCUUCUACAAAAUGGUGCAGCAGACGGGCAAACAGGAGGCACUGGCGUUACUAGAAGCAGCUAAACAGGCCUACAACAAAAGGAGUCGUCCAAACAUUUCAAACGGACACGCAGAGACAGAAGACGGGAGCCUCGUCAUCUUUGAAACAGCACUAUAAAUAUAAAGAGACUGUGCAGGGGCUGGUGUUGCCCGCUACAGGACUGCAGACGUGAAACUCGACUUGUUCCGUCUGGUUUGAGAUGCUGCUGGUUUUUUGUUCACUAUUUAUUGUUCCGUUCAUAAGUUUGUAUUGCACAUAUUUCCACUAGUGCCUUU